GGACUUCAAUGUCCAAAGCUGAGCGGCGAGCGGAGCACAACGCCAUUGAACGAGCUCGAAGAGAAAAUUUGAAUGGCAAAUUUUUGCAACUGGCUGAAGCGUUGCCGAACCUUCAAGGUCGUCGUCGUCCUUCCAAGGGCCAAAUUGUCGACAAGGCUUUGGAUUGGGUCAAACGAUGUGCGGCCAAAGAAAGCCGAUACCAGUAUCAUCUGUUGCAACUGCAACGUGAAAACAAGCGACUCACAGCGCAACUGAACCUCACACGAACAGAAGCCUCGGGUAUUACGCCUCCUUUGCCGGAUCCCUCAUUGACUUCCCCCCAUCCCUUCCCACGGUACCCCACCACUGAAGACUCUUCAGCCCACUUGUGGCUCUCUUCUCAACACACCACUACCGCCACUGUCACUGGCGGCGCCACCGCUGCUGCUGCUGCCGCCGCAGCAACAUCUGUGAAUAUGAUGACAAUGAAUCAAGUGACUCCUUAUCCCUUGAGCCGGCCUCAAUGGCGUUUUGACGAAGACUAUGAUGAUGAUGACAACAGCAGUGUUUUGGAAGAUCCAAAUCAAUUUGGAUUGACUUUUUCCCAUGACAUGUCUCCCCAUCCAUCUAGUUACUCUCUUGACCAUGUAUAUUCUCACGAUUGGAACAAUCCUAAAGAUUCUUUUCAUCAUUCCUUGCCACGAUACGAAGCUUCCAUGGAAUAUUCCGUGCCUCUUAUUGUCCACGGUCCCUGACUUGACGUUGAAUAAUGUCAUUGUUAUUGUAUCCGUUUUUUACAUGUCAUACACAUCUUUAUUAUUUAUCUCUCCUUCGACCACUCUCUUCUCUCUGUAUAAACACAUUGCAUCUCCGCUAUACGUCAAAACAUGCCUUUGUUCGUCAUUGUUUUUCUUUUUCACCACCGAAAAAAAAAUACAACAAUUUUUUCUUUGUACACCAAUCAUUUGAAAUUGGAAGUUUGUUUGAAAUUACUUGUUGCAGAAAGAGAAAAAAAAUAGGAUGAAUCCAACUUGGUACAACCAUAGAACAUUGUGUGCUUUGAACGAUUGGGACAAUAUGAAGUGAGAUCAGAA